GAACAAGUACACAGGUCCUGGCAGGGGAGAGUUGUGGUCGCGACGGCGCGUGGUAUAGGCGGGUUUAAUGGGAUGGAGUCGCGAGUCGCGGAUGCCGAGGCCCGCGAGGCUCAGAGUGCUGCGGCCGAAGGCCCAGCAAGCGGCGACGCCUCUCAGAGGCUUCCAGUCUCGGAGCCCUUGGGAGCUGCCCGGUGGAAGCUUCUGCGGCAGGUUCUGAAGCAAAAACACCUGGAUGACUGUCUGCGACACGUAUCUGUGAGAAGAUUCGAAUCAUUUAAUCUGUUUUCAGUAACAGAAGCCCAAAAAAGGACAACCGAAGAGGACGUCGGUGCAUGGAUCCAAUAUACAAGUGUCUUCUAUCCUGAGUACAGCAUUUCUUUAAGGCAUAAUAAUGGAUCUUUGAAUGUUGAAGAUGUUCUUACCAGCUUUGACAAUACAGGAAAUGUUUGCAUCUGGCCAUCUGAAGAGGUUUUGGCUUACUACUGCCUCAAGCACAGUCAUAUAUUCAGGGACCUUGCUGUGUGUGAGCUAGGGGGUGGCAUGACAUGCUUGGCUGGGCUCAUGGUUGCUAUUUCUGCAGAUGUCAAAGAAGUUCUGUUAACUGAUGGGAAUGAAAAGGCCAUCAGAAACGUGAGCGACAUCAUCACAAGGAAUCAGAAGGCUGGUGUGUUUAAAACUCGGAAAAUAUCAAGCGGCGUUUUACGAUGGGAUAAUGAGACAGAUGUCUCUCAACUGGAAGGACAUUUUGACAUUGUUAUGUGUGCUGACUGCCUGUUUCUGGACCAGUACAGAGCCAGCCUUGUUGAUGCAAUAAAGAGAUUACUCCAGCCCAGAGGGAAAGCAAUGGUAUUCGCCCCACGCCGAGGGAAUACUUUAAACCAGUUUUGCAAUCUAGCUGAAAAAGCUGAUUUCUCUAUCCAAAGACAUGAAAAUUAUGAUGAACACAUUUCAAACUUCCACUCCAAGUUGAAAAAGGAAAACCAGGAUGUAUAUGAAGAAAACCUUCAUUACCCGCUUCUGCUUAUUUUAACCAAAAAUGGAUAGAAGAUUAAGAUGUU